UUAUAAACAGAGAAAUCAGCAUUUCUUUCUUUUCUUCUUUUCCCCUUUCUUUCUUUUUCUUUACUUUUAACUAUUCAAUAUGAAAGCUCUCAUUCUUGUCGGUGGUUUCGGUACUCGUCUUAGACCUCUUACACUCACUUUGCCUAAACCUCUUGUCGAAUUUGCUAAUCGUCCUAUGAUUCUUCAUCAAAUUGAAGCACUUUCCAAGGCUGGUGUGACCGAUAUCGUCUUGGCUGUAAACUAUCGACCUGAAAUCAUGGUCUCUGCCUUAAAAGAAUAUGAAAAGGAAUAUGGUGUUACUAUCACUUUCUCUGUUGAAACUGAGCCCCUUGGUACAGCUGGUCCUUUAGCUUUGGCUAGAGACAUUCUUGGUAAAGAUGAUUCUCCUUUCUUUGUCUUGAAUAGUGAUGUCAUUUGUGAUUAUCCCUUUGAACAAAUCAGAGACUUUCAUGCCUCACAUGGCAAUGAAGGUACUAUUAUUGUCACUAAAGUGGACGAUCCUUCCAAAUAUGGUGUUGUUGUAAAUCACGCUGACUCUACCAAGAUUGAACGUUUUGUUGAAAAACCCCAACAGUUCAUUAGUAACAAGAUUAAUGCUGGUAUCUAUCUCUUUAACCCUACUGUCCUUGAUCGUAUUGAAUUAAAACCUACUUCUAUUGAAAAAGAAAUCUUCCCCAACAUUGCUAAAGACGGUGAACUUCAUACGUUUGAUUUAGAAGGUUUUUGGAUGGAUGUGGGUCAGCCCAAAGAUUAUCUGACUGGUACUUGUCUCUAUCUUUCUCAUCUGUCAAAGAACAAGCCUCAAGAAAUAGCCAAUCCCAACUUGGAUUAUGUCUAUAAGGGUAACGUCAUGGUUCAUCCUACAGCCAAGAUUGGCACAGGGUGUCGUAUUGGUCCUAAUGUCGUGAUUGGUCCCAAUGUGGUUGUGGGUGAUGGUGUUCGCCUUCAACGUUGUGUGGUGAUGGAAGGUGCUAAAAUUAAAGAUUUCGCUUGGGUACAAUCAAGUAUUGUAGGCUGGCAUUCAAGUAUCGGUCGCUGGUCUCGAUUGGAAGGUUGUUCUGUCUUGGGUGAUGAUGUGACUAUUCAAGAUGAAAUCUAUGUCAAUGGUGGCUCUAUUUUACCACACAAAUCUAUCUCUAACAAUAUUACAGAACCUCAAAUUAUCAUGUAAAUAUACUUUUAAAAAAGUUAUUUUUUUUUUCUUUAAUCAAAUAAAUAUAUAC